AUCUGUCAGGGAUUCUUUGACUGAGAGUUCCUGCAUGGCAGAAUGGGGUUGGACUGGAUGGCCCUUGUGGUCUCUUCUAUAGCCUCUGGUGGGGGGUUCUGAUGGAAAUUAGAGUUCCUGAGUACCAGAAGUUAUCCUUCCCCAGUGUAUGCAGUGGUCCAGCAACUUUGGCACUUAAGAGGCUGCCUCAAGGAAGAGAAUGAUCAUAGAAUCAUAGAGUUGGAAGAGACUGCAAGGACCAUCCAGUCCAACCCCAUUCUGCCAUGCAGGAAAUCUCAAUCAAACAUCCCCAACAGAUGGCCAUCCAGCCUCUGUUUAAAAAACUCCAAAGAGGAGAUUCCACAAACACGACGAUUGAGCCCCCUUGAUCACACUGCAUACACUAAGGUUUAAAGUGCAGGAUGUAUCUGAAUGCAUUUCUAGGCCCAGGAGCCCUUUUUCCAUGACUAGAACUGAAAUGAACUCCUUUUUUACCAUACAAAAACCUGCUGUUGUUACCCCAAGCUUCUCCUCCCCCCAGUUGAUGGAGUGAGGGGAAGUUGUUCAUGAUGUUAAACAACUUGGGCUUGCAAACUUUUGCUGUUCAAUGGCAGAAACCCCAUAUUUCCCAGUCGGUUCUGACUGACCUUCUGCCCAUUCCUUGCCCUGUUCUAAACUUCAGAGUCUGUUGUGUGUCCCUUCAAGUCACCCUGAAUUUUGUAAGGCUUUCUUAGACAAGGACAGUUGAAAGAUAGUUUGCCAUUGCCUUCCUCUGAAAAUAGAGCCUACACUAGCUGGUAUUCCUCAGGGGUCCCUUAUCCAAGUAAUAACCAGGGCUGGCCCAGAUUUGCUUCCAACCUCAGACGGGAUCUGUUGCCAUAGGGACAUGUCAGCUUGACAAAUGAUGCUGAAAUGGCUCCUUUCAGAAGAUAAGAGUUGGAUGCUGGAUCUCCAUUUGUUUCCUGUGUGAUGGUGGAAGUGGUGGCAUGAUUUUACACAUGCUCACUAGUGGCCUUGAGUUUUGGUUUCAGAGAAAAUUCAGGCAGAAAGAAGAAACUGGAUGUAGAAGGAAAGUAGUACGUUGAUGUGGAAAAUGCCACUAAGGGAUAAGUAUUGUCAGACUGACCACCAUCACCAUGGCUGCUGUGAACCAGUGCACAUGCUGGAACCAGGGGAUCCUCCUCUAUUGCAGCAGCCUCUUAACACUUCAAAAUCUGGCAUUCAACAAAUUAUUGAAUGCUUUCGAUCAGGAACUAAACAGCUUAAGCAUAUUUUGCUGAAAGAUGUGGACACUAUAUUUGAAUGUAAAUUGUGUCGCAGCCUCUUCAGAGGACUACCAAAUUUAAUAACUCAUAAAAAUUUUUAUUGUCCUCCAAGUUUCCGGAUGGAUGAUAAUUCUCCUCAUAUAAAUGAUAAACAAAGCCAAGCCGUAAGUGAUCUUCUAGAAGCUAUAUAUCCAAGGGUAGACAAGCAAGAUUAUAUAAUUCGUCUAGAACCUAUAGAAACAAAUCAAAAUGCUGUAUUUCAGUAUGUUUCAAGGGCUGAUAUCUCAGUUGAGAACACUGAGAUGGAUGACGCUCCUGCUCAAGCUUCUGUAGAAAUGCCAGAGCCUACUAUAGAACCUCCUAAAGCAAUUCCACCUCCAUCAGCAUCAGAAACUGUAGAUACUCCUCCUGCUGCUAACAAAGCAAUAGUGACUUCAGAAGAUUCAACCCCAUCCUCAAAGCCAGAGUUGAAAUGCAAGAUUAACUCUGAUUCUGGUCAUCAAUUAAUUUGUUGUCUUUGUAAAAAAGAAUUUAAUUCAAGACGCAAUAUACGCCGACAUAUUAGAAAAGUGCACAAAAAAAAGAUGGAAGAGCUGAAGAAAUUUAUUAAAAUUAAAAAAAGACCAAAUCCAACAACUAGAAGGGGACGUAAUAAAAAUGUUCUUGUAACAUUGGGUAGAAGUUGUCCUGUAUGUUUUAAAUCCUUUGCUACAAAAGCCAAUGUGAGGAGGCAUUUUGAUGAAGUGCACAGGGGACUGAGGAGAGAUUCCAUAACACCUGAUAUAGCUACAAAACCUGGGCAGCCUUUGUCUUUGGGGAAAACGUCUGCUAAAAAAUCUCUUAAGACCCGAAAACAAAAGUCAUUAUCAAAGGCUGAGUACAACUUAACUACAUGCAAGUGCCUUUUGUGCAAGAGGAAAUAUAGUUCCCAGGUAAUGCUUAAAAAACACAUGCAAAUUGUUCACAAGGUAACUCUUUCUACCAAGAAUACUAAAAGAGAGAAAAAGACCAAUGAUGCUUGUAAUGCAGAACUGAAAGUUAAAAUGGAAUCAACAGAGUCUGCAGAACCAGUGCCACCUUCCAUUGUUUCUCCACAGAAUCAUGUGAAAGUAACAAAUCAUUCAAAUGAAAGAAAGAAUACCGUAUGCACUGAGAAGAAGAAUGCACUGUUUGCUGAGAGAAAGAGUGUACUGUCAGCUGAAAAAAAAGGUGCACCAUCUCCUAAGAAAAAAAGCACACCAGCCAUUGAUAAAAAAACACCAUUGUCUGAGAGAAAAAGUACACCAUCCAGUGAGAGAAAAAAUGCAUCAUUCUCUGAUAGAAAAAAUGCAUCAACCUCUGAAAGAAAAAACACACCAUCCUCUGAUAGAAAAAAUGCAUCAUUCUCUGAGAGGAAAAAUGCAUCAUCUUCUGAGAGAAAGAGUGCACCAUCUGCUGAGAGAAAAAGUGCACCAUCUGCUGAGAGAAAAAAGGCACCAUCUGCUGAGAGAAAAAAAGCAUCAUCCACUGAGAGAAAAAAUGCACCAUCCCCUGAGAGAAAAAGUGCACCAUCUGCAGACAGAAAAGAUGCACCAUCAGCUGUGAGAAAAAAUGCAUCAUCUGAGAGAAAAAGCACACCAUCUGCUGAGAGAAAGAAUGCAUCAUCUGCAGUGAAAAAAAGUGCACCAUCUGUUAACAGAAAAAAUACAUCAUCCUCUAAGAGAAAAAGUGCUUCAUCUGCUGAGAGAAAGAAUACAUCAUCUGCACAGAAAAAAAGUGCACUAUCUGUUCAGAGAAAAAAUGCAUCAUCUGCCGAGAGGAAAAAUACACCAUCCUCUCAGAGAAAAAGUGCACCAUCUGCAAAGAGAAAAAGUGUAACUGCUACAGAGAGAAAAAAUGCAUCAUCUGCUGAGAGAAAAAAUGCAUCAUCCUCUGAGAGAAAAAGUACAGCAUCUGCUGAAAGAAAAAGUACACCUCCCACUAAGAGAAAUAAAGUUAAGCAGAGCUCUGAAAACGCUAAACCAAGUAAUCAGACACUUGCAGGUUGUCCUAAAAAGCCCAGGAAGUCAAGACUUUCAGCUGGUUUUGAUUUUAGAAAGCUUUACUGUAAACUGUGCAAGCGCCAAUUUACAUCUAAGCAAAACUUAACAAAACACAUUGAAUUGCACACAGAUGGAAAUAACAUAUAUGUUAAAUUUUAUAGGUGUCCUCUCUGCACUUACGAAACACGCCGGAAGCGUGAUGUGGUAAGACACAUAACUGUAGUACAUAAGAAGCCUUCAUGUUACCUUGGCAAAAUAACAGCUAGUUUAGAACGCAGAGCAGUAAAAAAGCCCAUUGACUAUAUUCUAAAUAAGGUAGCAAAAAGAGGCCCUCAGAGGGAUGAAGGUAAACAAAAUGGUUCUAAACAGGACAUCACCUCUAAUUCACCAUGUAAAAAGUACGAAGGCAGUGAUGUUGGCAUUGAAGUAAAAGUAACAAAAAACUUUCCUCUUCAUAGCUGCAAUAAAUGUGGGAAAGCAUUUGCAAAAAAGACUCUCCUAGAACAUCACAAGAAGACUCAUAACGCAUCACAUUCUCAUGAAGAAAACAAUAAAACCAAAGGCAGACAUACAAGAUCUAAAGCUCGUGUCUAGUGAGGAACAUCUAGUACCUUCUUUUAUGUUUGCUAAAUUUUCCAUUGGUAUUUCUUGCUCAAAUACACUCUUCUUCAUAGACCUCAUAUGAGAGAAAAAAGUACUCCAUUUAUUCUUUCUAGCCAUCCCCCCUCCCAUGACAUGAUACAAAGGUUUGACUUCUUUAAAGACAUCAAAUCUAGUACGGUUUGAGUUGUACAGGUUUGGUGCUACAAAGUUCUAUAUUGAGUUAUUGGCAUAAUGUUUAGAAGUGUAGUACUAUAAUUCUAACAUGGGAGUUAAAAUUAACUUUGCACGUCAUUGGUACUGACCAGGCAGAGAAAGUCUUGGUGGGCUGAAGAUGGCCUGUAAGUGCUCUGUUGCUGAACUGUGGUUUAGUUUGUUGGCAAGCAUUUUUGGGCAUAGAGUUUUCACAAAAUGCUAAUAUUCUUGUGACUCUUUUAAAAUUAUGGUAUAUAACUUUAAAUUAUAGAGCUCACAUUUUUGCAUUACAAAUGCCCUUUUUUGUUCUUUGAUGCAACUCUUAAAUCCCUGUAUUCUCUGAACAAGUUUUUUAGUAAUUGGCCCCAUUUAUCUGGAAGUUUCAUGACAGUGUUUUUCGCACAAGUUCUGUUCAGAAAGGAGGAGGAGGAGGAAUCAUAUUUUACAGCUCCAUUUUAUGUAAUGGAUAUAUUUUAGAAACUGACAUUAACUUGUUGAAACUGAAAUAUAUUUUGGGGUAACUAGUAAAGUAUUUGAAAUUAUAUGAAAGAUUCUUAAUCUCUAAGAAUUCUUUCCAUUAAGAGCAUGUUUGUUGAUACUUCAGUUCCAAGGUCUCCAUUGUGUAUUCUGUUUUUAAUGUGAAAAGAUAUAGAUAGACAAACCCCAGCUGUUUGGAAACCAUCCUCAGGUUGCUAGUGGGGAUAUUGGUGGGUUUUUAAAGGCUAUAUAAUAGAGAUGAGUUUGGGGAUUAUAUCAACUGGUAUCCAUCUGCUGUCGGAAGACUCUUUGAUCCAUUGCAUGCCUUAGGCGCGUUACAGACCGCCUGUUUGGGACGGCCUGUAUCCGGCCCUUUCCCUGCCAGAUCGGGGCCUCAGCUGCCAUAGCAGCAGCCUCUGAGGCCCUGAUCUGCUGCUUUCCAGGCCGCGGGGAAGCGGCAAAAGGCCGCUUCCCCGCAGCCUGGAAAGGGGUGUCCUUGGGGCUUCAUGCCUCAAGGACACCUGAUGACGGCAGGGAUGCGGAGAAAGGGACCACUCGGCCCCUUUCUCAUUUGCGUUGCUGGUGCAGCCAUGUAGAGGCUGCGCCAGUGACGCAAAUUGUGGAAGGAGCUCUGAAAUGGAGUUCCUUCUGGGGCCGCCGAAAGAGAGCCCCAGGCGCCCUCAUGCGGUGCGAGGACGUCACUUCCGCGCCGGCCCGUUUGGAGGCGGCGCAGUGGUGACGUCCCCAUGGUGGCACCCAUGUGCAUAGGGUGCCACAUUUUGUACAGACUCAGUCUGUACUAGGGUUAAGGGUGUCAGGAAGUGACGCCCUUUUCUAACCCUAAUACGCCCCUUCCUAACCCUAGCAUGCCCCUUUGUAACGCGCCUUUGUCAGCCAAAUGUAGAGGAAGACUUUCCUGACAGUUUUCCUUUUCAUUGCAGCCCCCUCAUACCCAUCCAUGUCUGUUCCAGAUAGUUGGUUAAACCACUCAGAGCAGUGUGAAAAUUAGAAAUGGACAGGGAAUUACUGAAAGUCACCCUUAUUUUCCAUAUAUGAAAGCUUCCAUUGUCUCAUGAGCCUUUAUCAGGAACACAAGUUGGAUACAGCUCAUUAAUACCAAAACUACAGUCAGCUUAUUGGAGACAAAAGAUGUCCUGAGUUCAGUGUGGUUAGCUUUCAUGCUGUCUAUUAACAACCACCUUUUAAAGUUGACUUAAUAUUGGUAUAAAUCUCUCUUGUUAACAUCAGGUGAUGUGUGGUAAAAUUUGGAAUCACCACCACUAAUUUCUUCAAUAGUAAGGUGAGAAAAAAUAUUUUUAUAAACUAUUUUCUUACUAAAUUUAUUAACUUUUCAUAAACCUUGUCCAAACUUUUUCAAUGGCAGUUAAACUGUAUUGAAAAUGACACAAGUGAAAGCCAACUGUCUUAAUUCAUGCAAUAGAAUAGUGUGGUAAUAGGUAAUGUAUGUUUUAAAAGGGAAAUUUUGCAAACAUUUUUUAAGAAAUGUACAGUUGGAACAUCUGUCCCAUAGGCAAGGUCCAUACUUAAACCUGAUUUUGCUAAAAAGGAUUUUGUGAUAUACUACUAAGCAAAUACUUGCUGUGUGAUGUACUUUAAAAAUAUUUUUUAUAAAUGAAUGUAUGUGAGCAAACAGUUUCUUAGUAUACUUUGAAUGAAUUAUAAUUGAAUUGUCAUAAUUCUAGACGUCUUUCUAAUUUCUGUUCUUGGUUGACUAAUAUGUUUUGGGGUAGGGUUGUAUUCAGUUUGACUGUACAGAGGUUGCUGCAAAGAUCCGUAAUGAUUUUGUAUGGUUAGAUUAUUGGAUAGUCUUUCAUAUGGAAGUUUACAAGUGAUCCACAUUCCCCUAUUUUAAUUUUAAAAUAUAUAUAUAUAUAUAUAUAUAUAUAUAUAUACACAAGCACUUUAAUAGCUCCUGGUUGUUGUUUUUUUAAAUAGUUAUUUUUAAAAGACAGUACACUAAUAUUCAUAAGAAAAUAUAGUUUUUUUUUGGUAGAGAAGUCAUAUUCAAACUAUUGUUAAAGCAGGAUAGUAUGAGAUUUUUCUCUCUUUUCUCUCUCUCUUUUUUUUGCCCACAAGAUGUUGAAUGACCACUGUAGGUAGCACUUGACUUUCACUGUAAAGUUUAUAAAAUGCUUGCUUGUUCUUGUCUGUUUCAUAAUCACUUAUAGUACCUACCAUCCUGAAUUUUUUUUUUGGCAGGUUUUUGUGCAUCAUAAUUUUUUUAAAAAAAAAUGUUUAGUGACUUGUGUCAAAUUGUCACAAUUUUAAAAAUAUUGAACAUCUGAAGAAAUCCUAUUUUUUAAAACUACUGGUUAACUUCCUUGCUUAGGGAAUACCUUGUGUCCAUUUAUACUUUUUCUAUAAAAUAUAUCUAAAACAUUUUAUCACAAAUUUUAAAAAAUAUUUUAUGGAUAGACAAAUGUUUGGCCUUCUAGUGCUUUGCACUAAAAAAAAACUGUGAAUGGGAAAUAGACUGUAACUGUUGCUGGAAAUGUUCUAUGUUGAAUGUACAUGUUUCUUGGAUAAAAGUACUUUAUUUGGAAAUAAAGUGGACUGGAAGUUAUUUCAGGCAAA